GAAGCGGACAACUGGUCCGCACAAUGACAAUUAGCAUACCUCUAGUGAGCGUUUUAGCCACAGAAGACAGUCGUUUACGCCUUUCUAAUUAACACAGGGCCCCAGCCAACAAAAACAGCUUGUCUUUCGUUUAUUGUGUAGACGAGAGAGAUAAGACAAAACCUCAAAGAGCGAGGAUGUUGGUCCCCGCGGGAAGAUAAUGAAGAGGCUGCGCGUUUUGUUGGUGUGCCUCAUUGUAGCUCUCCUGUGCUGGUACCCCGGUCAAUAUGUGUAUUGUUCAGAGCAGAGCUUGUCUGGCCCUGGUCAGUCCGCGGGGGACAACAAAAACCUGGAGGGGCAGGAGUCGGAGCAGGACUCCACGCAACUCAAGGUGUUGGAAGAAUGGACGACACAUACAUCAUAUGAAAUUGGACUAGAGAUAGAGAAAGCAGCUCUAGAGACGCUAUCAUCACACAAUGAACACCAAGAACAGACUGUGAAUGCUCUGGAAGCUGAUGUGGAGGAGACCAAGUCGGACCCACAGUCCGAUACUGUACUUGUUGCUCUUGAGCCAGAACCCCGCCCAGACCCCCAGGCUGAUGUGGAGCAGCAGACUGACGCCCAGGACAAUGCACAGGAAGUCCCUCUGUCCUCCACCCCAGAACCAGUUCCAGCACAGGGCCAAGUGUCUCCCGAUGUCCCGGCCCCAGCAGAGACCCUCAGUGACCCCUCUGCUGCACAACCCAACCUGGACUCGCACCCAGCCACAAUCCCAGAUGAAGCUGAACACACACCUACCUCACAGAGUGCCGGCCAGACCCACACAGGUGCUGUGUGGGUUGCCAGUGCAGGAGAUGAACUCCCAGUAGACAACUUAGUCUUUGCUGAGCACUCUGAUUCACAGUGCGGGGUCAUUCCCCCCGAACUGGCAACCUGUGAAAACUCCCCUUUUGGCAGUCUUCUCUUAAGUGUGGAUGAGGCCGGCCUAGAGGACCAGCAGCCGGACCACAGCCAAAGCUCUGGUUCUGAAGCCGAGGUCCAGUCUACUCCGGGCCCUGUGGACCAGCAACAACAACAACUACAGCAGCAACAGGAGGCGCAGGACCUGGAGGAAGGGCUGACUGAUUUGGACCAGGAGGGCAACACUUCUCAACACAAUGAACCACAGGCAGGGCAGGGCAAUGUUGCCAGAGAGCCUGAUCCCCCAGUGCCCCGCAAAGAAGACAUCCCCACCUUCGACGAGUGGAAGAAACAAGUCAUGGAGGUGGAGAAGGAGAAAAGUCAGUCUCUCCAUACCUCGAGCAGCGGCAGCCCCCAUCCAGUGAAGAAGGUCCAGAAAAACUUCAAGAAUAACUAUGCCUCUGUGGAGUGUGGUGCCAAGAUACUCUCGUCAAACAACGAGGCCAAGAGCACUUCAGCUAUUCUCAUGGAGAAUAUGGACCUUUACAUGCUAAAUCCAUGCAGCAACAAAAUCUGGUUUGUCAUAGAGCUCUGUGAGCCCAUUCAAGUCAAGCAGCUGGACAUUGCUAACUUUGAGCUCUUCUCAUCAACACCUAAAGACUUUUUGGUUUCCAUCAGUGACAGAUAUCCUACCAACAAGUGGGUAAAACUAGGUACUUUUCACGCCCGUGACGAGCGCAUUGUCCAGAGCUUCCCACUAGAUGAGCAGCUUUAUGCUAAAUAUGUGAAGAUGUUCAUCAAGUACAUAAAGGUUGAACUCCUCUCCCACUUUGGAUCAGAGCACUUCUGUCCACUCAGUCUCAUUAGGGUGUUUGGUACCAGCAUGGUGGAGGAGUAUGAAGAGAUUGCAGAUUCCCAGUAUCCCUCAGAGAGGCUGGAGUAUUUGGAUGAAGACUUUGACUAUCCACCUGGCUACCAACCUUCAGAGGACAAGGCAUCUAAAAACCUGCUUGGCUCAGCAACCAAUGCCAUCCUCAACAUGGUAAACAACAUUGCUGCGAACGUGCUGGGCGGCAAGCUGGAGCUGGAGGGUGGAACAGUAGCAGGAGUUAAUACAACCGUGGAGGAAAAAAAGGAGAGCACAGAAGUUGCACCUAAACCAGCUGAAACACCUCUGGACCCUGGAGUACCGCAGCCUGCAGAGCCAGAUCCCCCUGCAGCCCAGGAGGACUGUGAUGUCUCCAAUGACUCUUCCACGCCUUCCCCCUCAUCUACCGACUCCCAGGAGGACAGACAGAUUGUCACUUUUGUCGAGGAGGAGGAGGACGAGGACGAAGAGCCCAGACAGUCCACUGUCACCCUGAUGGAGGAUGAGGCAGACGAGGAGGAAGACAAGACAGAGGAGUCAUCGAGGAAGGAGGCGGACAGGAACCAGUGGGACAACCAGACUUACUGUCCCUUCUCCUCCUUCUCCUCCCUGUCUCUGUCCUGCAUGGCCACCCUGCCGGAGCUGCUCCACCGCUGGUGCUCCGCCCGGCUGGCCAAGGAGAGGCAACGCAGCGUAAAGCGAAAGCAGCUGAGCUCACAAACACAGACUGAUGUAAACCCCCCUUCCCUCAUUCACCCACCUCCACUUAUCCCUGUCCCCACCCCCCUUAAAGAAGCUCCUCCCCUCACAGAAAAGGCCCCAGAGCCCGAGCUUCCCGUUAAGGCCCAACAUGAAGGGAAAGCCUCGGGUGAGGUGCCCACCACACAUCCAAACACUGACACACAAACUCCAGAGGUUACCAUCCUCCUGGAGCCUAGCAGGACCGCCACUAUCCCCCCACACAGUUUCUCAGACAUCCACAGUUCCCUGACAUCGCCCACCCCCAGCCACGAGGAGAAGCUGCCCCCUCCCAUUAAAGACGCGGCUCUCGACCCCGUCCCUACUCCAUCCCUCCCUGCUGUCUCCAUCCCGGAGACGCAACAUCCCUCCGGUGCCACCCCCACCUUAACUUUCAGCCCCCCCCCACAGCCUGGAGCCUCUGAGACGGCCUCUCCUGGUGCUGUGGUUCCCCCCGCCAAGGAGCAGCCCGUUCAGUUGCUUCCCACUGCGUCGAGGCCUGAAGACCUGAUCCCCGCCCGCGCUGAACUCCCCACAGCUCUCCCAUCCACAGACACAGAGACUGUAAAGCCAGGCGCAGACAGUGGGGACUCCACGAGACAAAAUGUCCAGGCCUCACAGACUAACGGGGAGCAGGGGGACUCUCUCACUCACGCUGGAGAUCGUGUGGAGGACUCAGUGGACGACUUCCUGUUGAGCACCAAUGGGAACGGCAAUGUCCAUCGCACAGCUACAGACUUCUAUGCAGAGCUGCAGAACGGAGGAGAUUAUAACGGUGGAGCAAUGACCGGGAACGGCAUGUUGUUGAACGGGGGAGCGGUGCACGGCUCCAGCCAGAAGGAGAGUGUUUUCAUGAGGCUGAACAACAGGAUCAAAGCCCUGGAGAUGAACAUGAGUCUGUCCAGCAGAUACCUGGAGGAGCUCAGCCAGAGAUACCGUAAACAGAUGGAAGAGAUGCAGAGAGCAUUCAAUAAGACCAUCAUCAAACUACAGAACACCUCCCGCAUCGCUGAGGAGCAGGACCAGAGGCAGACAGACUCAAUCCAGAUCCUGCACAGCCAGCUGGAGAACGUCAGCAAACUGAUGCUCAACCUCACCGACACAGUGAGCCAGCUUCAGAGAGAGGUAAAUGAAACCUUUGUCUGUUCUACUGCACACUGCUUACAGGGGUCAGGAAAUAGACAUGCGAAGUUCAAAUCUAAGCUUAUUUGUUAACAUGACACAGCAUUAAGUUUACUAUAUGUGUUUUGAUAUUUUAAGGGUUUUAUACGAGAGAAUAAAUCCCUGGAAAUUAGGAUUUCAUUUGUUUAUCAGAAUCAGAAACCGGUUUAUUACCAGGUAGGUUGACGAGGAAUUUGACUUGAUGUCAUGGUGCAUACAUACGGGAUCAUCACCCGCACCAACUCAUCCGACCACAUCACCCCC